AUGGAGGGCAAAGCAGAAUACAUCCUCCCUACCGAGACAAGGUAUGUUGGAGAGAUGAAGGAUGGCAUGUUUCAUGGUGAAGGAACCCUAUACUUUCCCAGCGGGAGCCAAUAUGAUGCCAUUUGGAACAAGGGAUUGGCUGUAAAGGGCACCUAUACCUUCUCAGAUGGGUUGCAGUAUGAAUCUAAACACUGGCAUUACUGUGACAGCUAUGAUCGGCGGUUUUUCACGGAGAUCUGCCAUGGCUUGAAGCCUGCAGGUAUCGCUCAACUCACCAACAUGGACCCACCUAGAAAAAUCCCCAGGAACUGUUAUGAUUGUGGUGAUGGGUUCUAUAACCCAGUCACAAGGAUGAUCAGAGACUACAGGAACCGCUUCCUGAGAAAUGCAGAUGACGACGAGCAUGAGUGGAUUGUCCGGACCUGUAGGAAGGGCUGGGAUGAGAUCGUGGGUCACAGACCCAAGUCAUCAGCACAGCAGCCGCCCCCACCAGAGGUUGCCGCCGGCACCACUGGCAUUGACUGGACCACGGGAGCAUGCUGUCAUUCUUUGUAG